AUGCAACCUAAUGCCCCACAGUUUCCAAAUUUGCGACUGAGCAGUUUGCGUGCUCUAAACUCUAAUAAGGGUAGUAAUUCUGACGCGAAUACGGAAUCAAUAACAGCCCCAUCGAAGGAUGGCUCUUCAAUAAGCAAGCAAGGCAAAAAUCUAGCUAUAGAAAAGAAUACACUGACUGUUGGCUGCUCAGAUGGGACUAAAGUCCCUUUUGGCAGGCGUUUCCAGAUGGAUACAAGUGGGUUGAAGUCUAUCGGUAGGGAUAAGCAAGAAGAGUUGGAAAAUGAUAUUAGAACGGCAAUAAAAUCGCUAGAUAUUAGUCAAUAUAAAAAAAAAUCUCAUCAAUUGGACUUGUUAUUUCAUAAUGCAUUGUAUCCGGAGGAUUGCGAUGUAUUGAUAGACGUUAAUCAAAUUCCUGGUGCACGGGAAGGAGACCUAGCUGAAUUAAGGACAUACCGUGGUCCUCCCACAGCUAAAGAUAAAAAGAUUUAUUUUAAAAUUAAAGAUUUUGGUUUAGAAGCCCGUAGGAGACUGUCUGGUGGACAAAUAUCUCUCCCAACAGGGCAGCUUCAGAAGUUAUUAGAUUUACCUUCAAGGUCAACAGUAUGGGUGAAGUUAAAAUGCAAGAAUGAUCAUCAAGCUGAUUUAGUCGAGCUUCAUAUUAAGGAUUGCUAUGUCAAUAGGGGUGACAUGUGGUGUUUAUCUUCAAGUCUAAUCGAUUCAUGCGUAUUUAUUGAGCAAAGACUAGCAUUUAUGAACUCUAUACGGGCAAAUGUUAGGGGAAUAUAUCGUAAUGGCAAGAAAGUUGUUUCUGGAUAUAUAGGAAACAACACUAGGGUGGUUUUUAGGUCCGAGUCUGCAAAACUUAUAUUUUUGAUUCAGAUUACAGACGAGAUGUGGCACUUUGAAUCGAACGGUGAAAAGACUUUUCAUAAGGUCGUGAAUUCCUUGUUCCCAAAGAUAUUCAAGAAAUGUAAAGAGAUUGGAACUCACCACAUUAUUACGAUUGUUUUCUGCGCUUCUGUUCAUGAUGGUAAUGAAUCAUUCAGGAAUUUACCGCCUGGUGUUCGCCUUAAGGAUACGAAAGACUAUUAUCGCGUGGUCGUUGAUCAAGUGAAUAUCCUACAUUGGAGUGAAAUUAUGACAAUUGUGAGGAAGGAGUUUAUGAGGAUUACUAAUGAAUUACGAACUUAUUUGAACGAAGAUGGUAUUAGUGUGAUUAGAGGAGGCUUUUCCCCUGUGAUAAAAUCGAAUAUUUUAGAGGCUCUCAAUUUCGCUACAACCUUGCUUACAGAUCCGUUCAAACAAGCGGAUUUACGCCAUACUGCUACACAUGUCAUUAUAAUUAGUCCGGGUUCUGGGCUCUAUGAUGUUGAUUAUGAAUUAUUAAAAGUUACUUGUAAAAAAUUACUUUCACUGGAAAUGGUUGCAGACUUAAUAUGUCUUGCAAGAGCACCAUUACACAUUGUGCCGCUAUUCCGAUAUCUUGAUAAUGAUGGCAAACUACACCAUACUGCACCAACCUGGCUCAACGUUACUUUCUGGAAUAACAAUCCUAGGUCCCUUGAAUGGCAACCUCGUUGUAAAAUUUAUGAUGUUCAGAUGAUGGGAAGGACAGAAAAACGAGUUGAUGAACAGAUUGCGAUAGAUUAUUUAACGCCUAUAUCUGGGACACACUCGCUUACUAGUUUUAUGGCCGCUUACGAUAAACAAGUAUUUGAUCAAAGUCAUUGUAUGAUGAUCCCCACUGAGAUGAAUAAUCCUUCUUCCUCAGAGGGUAAUUUGAAGGGGCAUAAGGCGAUUGGUUCUAAACCAAUUAAUGAGACCCCAUCGAUAAUGUGGAACCCUCCCCGAUCAUCCAAACCGCUUGUUGAAGCAGCAAAUGUUCAAGGUGUUGUAGUAAGCCUCCAUCAACCGGGCAAUAACUCAACUACGUUUGAAGACGGUGGAACAGAUAGCAGCUCCUCAGCUUCAUCUCCAGAUGCCAAUGAAUCGUUGGCUUUGACAACCUUAAAAAGUAUGAGAAAUGCGUCACAGGGCCUUACCAAACGUAUCGUUUCUCGGUUUAUAUCUGAUAUUAAAACCAAAAGACGCCGGCGUAUGCCAUCAGGAAGCUCUGAACAAAACCCUCGCAUGGAAACUCUUGGUAGUCCGAGUGAUUCUGGAACUUAUGAUUUGCAUUCACCAAACCCCACCCAGAUGUUGUAUUUGAAAUCUCAUUCGGCGCAUGACUCUUUAACAGGCAGUUCUCACAACAAUUCGUCCAAUUUAGACAGAAGACAACCUAAAAUUGAUGAAUCAGUGAAGCGAAAGGCCAAAAACAUUGUUAGGGACGAAAAUACUUUUUUAUCGCAAUGUUUAAUUGAGAUUGAAAACCCUUCUGUUCCUGUAAGCGGUGAAAUUGCUAACAUGUUAAUCUCAGAAAGAUGGAGGGAUAUAUAUCCUAGAUUUGUUGCAAAGAAAUACAGUAAAUGGAGAUCUUUUACAACUCCUGCGGAAUUGCCUGUUACUACUACCCAUUUUCCAUCCCUCUCAGAUUUUGAGUCCAACUUUAUUUUCCGAAAUCAUUCUGUUUCUUUGAAUAUAGAUCGAGAAAAGUAUGGACAAACAACUUUUCACCUAUUAAGGGAUUUGAUAUAUACGCGUUUGAUUGCUGGCUUCCAGAUAUGUACUUCAGAACUUGUGCGUAAAAUAGAAGCGAGCGUUAACACAGAGGUCGAUGUUCCAGAAAUUGCUAUGUCCAUAUCUAGGGACAAUUACAUGAACGUUUUAUAUUACAUGAUAAUCGAUAAAGAAAUCCAUAGAAUCAGCUGUGGGUAUAAUGGUACAAUCGAUGUCCAGAGAUAUUUAAGGAAAAGCGAAGCUAAAGACAACCACACUACGAGCAAAUAUAACCCUUUAAUUAAAACAAGGUAUGAAGAUCGAUACCGGGAAUUACAGGUAGACCCAAUAACUGUAUUUCGUGAUUCAUUAUGGUGGAACCAGAUAGACCAGGUUCUAGCUGGAUAUGAUGAUUCAAUGAUGGAUACUAAUAAAAUUGGGUUUAGAUCCAAAUUUGUAAUCCUACCUGCCGAUAUACCUCCUAAUACAUUUUCUUCAACGAUUAAUGGCAGAAAGGAAACUUUAACACCAGAAGAGAUUCGGUUGGAGGGGUUAAGAAAACUAAUUUCAUCAAUUUCCAAAUCAAAAUUACGCUCCAAUGCGGAGAAGAACUUUGCUUCGUCUCGUAAUGAAGAGAUUUUACCCGAAGUACACUUUUAUACGGGCUCAAUUUAUGACUACAUUGAAGAUCACGCUGAAAUACUCUGCAAUCUGGAAGAAGAUGCAUCAAGCCCUAUUAUCAUGGAAGGAGGCAAGUUUAAUAAAGACGUUGAAUUAUCAAGGCUGGCCUAUGAGAUGCAACUAGGAGAACGGCCAUUAAAGCUAACAAACAGGAAGUGGCACUUUAAAAACCACGCAACAUGCUUUGUUGGAUUAGAAAUGGUAAAUUGGUUGAUAGAAAACUUCUCUGACAUUGAAAACAGAGAUGACGCCGUAUUAUAUGGGCAAAAGUUACUAACUGAUAAGCUUUUCCAUCAUGUUGAAAAUAGACACGGUUUCCUUGAUGGUCAUUAUUUCUACCAAAUUUAUCCUCAAUAUUCUAAUAUUGAAACUGAUAAAUAUCCAAAUAAUGACAUAUCGACAACUACCGAGCCGGAACUCGGCAACAAGUCAUCCACAAAUGCUUCAAGCAAACUCCUUGUGUCAAACUCUUCAAAUUCUCCGUCUAUUAGGAAAGCAGAUAGUACAAUAGAAAACCGCGAAGAUAAGGAUAGCAAAGAAAGCAUCUCCGCUCCAGCAGUUCUUAUCAGUACCGCAGUGGAAUUAAAUCUUGACUUAGCAGGAAAUUCAGACAAACUUGAAACUUGCAUUGUUCACUACGAUCGUGUUCAUAACCCAGAUCAUUGUUUUCAUAUUAGGCUUGAGUGGUUGACAGCAACUCCUAAGCUUAUUGAUAAUCUUGUAACCAAUUGGUCGAGGCUAUGUGAGAGAUAUGGUCUACGACUAGUCGAGGUUCCAUGGCAUGAGCUUUGUAACAUUCCAUCGCUGAACCUUUCUCAUUCUUUUGUUGAAACUACCUUGGCUAUAGAUCCAUGGACGGAACCGGAAUUUAGGGACGAGAAGUUGUUUUCAUAUCAGAAGUACUAUUAUCAUGUUUACCUAUUAGAAAGCUGUGGCUUUUUGCUGGACAAUAGAGCUUCUAGAAUCCUACAUAAGGAUAAACAGCCGUAUACAUUUAUUUACUCUUGGGGCAAGGCGAGCUUCAAGUACGCCCAGUUUAUUCACUACACCGGUGCAUAUAUGGCAGAAAUCCGUGAAAAUGGGGGUCUUUUCUUAGCUCCGAACAAUUCAUAUAUUUCUCGGGUUGCUACUGGGAAUGUAGUAGGUAGCCUGCGUGCUUAUCCGAAGUUUGCGAUCGAUUCUGAACGUAUCAUGCUUGAUUUCAACAAGACAUGCAAGAGUUACGAUGAUUUGCACAAGGUUUUUAGCGAAGCCAGAACAAAGUGGCAAGAACAUUCAGCUGGUAUAUCACUUGAUGCAGUUUAA